UUCAGAUGUAAGUAGACAGCCAGUUAAGAAAGGUGUUAGGUGUUGAUGAUCAAGGACUUCCAUACACUUAGCAAAAGAAAUACUGUUAGAAACAGAGCUGUCUGAAAUACUUGAAUGCAAUACUGUAUAAAAACACUUCUUUCCCCACAUUUCUCUCGCUUUCCACCUCUAGAUGGCAACAGCUGCACUGACGCUGCAACGUCUACGUACAAGAAGAAGAUAGAUUUUGACGUCAACGCGUUUGAGCAUGCCUAUUACGCUCGAACAUAAACAAAGGCAGGACGCUGCGCUGCAAUAAAUAUACUCUCCUGUAAUUUUAUACACUAUCAGUACCGAAAAUAGGAGCGCGACUUAUUUUUGUGACCAUGGAAAACGCAUUAUUGAUGCGAGUGAGUGUGUUUACCGACCAAGGAGGCAGGAAAUACAUGGAAGAUGUGACCGAGGUCAUAGUAGAGCCUGAGCCGGGAGAAGAUGAGCCGUCGUCGGGUGAGCCAGAUGAGAGCAGUGGGGGAGACUGGACGGUCACUUCUCUGGCUGGGGACACGCAUCCCGACCGGACUGGUGAAACCGUGGGGUCCCCGCAGGUUCUCGAUGCAUCACGUGAAGCUGUGCGAACGGAAGACCAAAGUUCCUCAGUGGAAACAUCUUUACCGGGAGGUCAGAGCCCGCCGCGAGCUCAGCCGAGCACCGCGAAUCCUUCCCGCCGUUCCGUUGCCUUCUUCGCGGUGUUUGACGGGCACGGGGGUCGCGAGGCAGCGCAGUUUGCACGAGACUAUUUGUGGGAGUUCAUGAAGAAGCAGCGGGGGUUCUGGUCAGACUGUGACCGGGAGGUCUGCUCUGCCAUACGCAAAGGAUUUGUAGCGUGCCACCACGCUAUGUGGAAAAAGCUACCUGAAUGGCCAAAGACACUUACGGGCCUUCCCAGCACAUCAGGCACAACAGCCAGCGUAGUGGUCAUCCGAGGAACCCGGAUGUAUGUGGCCCACGUUGGGGACUCGGCAGUGGUUCUAGGGGUCCAGGAUGACCCUUCAGACCCGUACAUCAGAGCUGUUGAAGUCACACAAGACCACAAACCCGAACUACCCAGAGAGAGGGAGCGCAUUGAAGGUCUGGGAGGGAGUGUGAUCAAGAAAUCUGGAGUGAACCGGGUCGUCUGGAAGAGGCCAAGGCUGAGUCACAACGGCCCGGUCCGUCGGAGCACCGUCAUUGACCAGAUACCGUUCUUGGCAGUAGCACGAGCUCUAGGUGACCUGUGGAGCUAUGACUUCUACAGUGGGGAGUUUGUGGUUUCUCCAGAGCCAGACACUAGUGUGGUAACCCUUGACCCCAGAAAACACCGCUACAUCAUACUGGGCAGCGAUGGUCUUUGGAACAUGAUGCCACCUCAAGAGGCUAUCUCUAUGUGUCAGAACAAUGAUGAGGCAAUGGCACCAUGUGGGGUAUCGAGUGCCCGGCAGCUGGUCAGCCAUGCUCUCCUGCGGUGGCGCCAGCGCAUGUUGCGUGCUGACAACACCAGCGCCAUCGUAAUUGCCCUGCAGGAGCCUGGAACCUCCCAGGACACCCUGCACCAUGAGGAAGUGCUGCUCGACUUAGCCAAGGUGUCCCAGUGUCCUCCCACCUCCAUAUCUCGCGCUGACACUCCUCUCCUUCAGCGGCCUCCAGAGGAAGACUCUCUCUCUGCCAUGUGUGAGCUCCUCCCUGCCUUGGAGAGACGGGAUGGACUAUCAGGAAGAAACAGCCUGUACCACAUGAAUCUGUCUGACCCGUUCACUUUGACUCCACUGUGUCCAAACGGUAGUACUGAGCUGCCCAGUCAGUCCAGUCCCACUGACAGGACAGUUGGCAAAAGGACGCCCAACAGCAAAAGAACUUCUGACGGAUCAUCAUCACCGUCGUCAGGCCAGUCGGCUAAGAAAGCCCGUCGCAGGACUUCCGACAGGCUGCCACUGGUCCAACACAACGCAGAGAAGAAACAGAAGGAGUCCAGCAACGUCUCCCCUGUUCUGCAGCAGCAUAACAAGACCACAGUGUGUGUGUGCUGAAACACACACUGACACAUCAACCUGCUGCUUCCCACUGUCAACCUCGUCUCCAGUGGCGUUUCUAUUCUCUAUGUUUGAAAUUCUCCUACACAUUCACACAGUUCAAGCCACCCGUGCUCUACAGGUUGUGGAAAGACUUCUUGCUCAGCACCUGUACAAUAUUCAUUUAAAAACUUAAGUUUUCUUUGGAGGAGUGCUCUUUAAUAACAGUUGUAAGUAUGACUACUGAUGUCGGUGUAGAUGUUAUGCAUUUUAUAGUUGGGUAUUGCAAAGUAAGUAACUGUUCAUUGAAAAGAAAUAUAUAUAUUUUUAUACAUUCUUUUAUUGAUCAAUGAUAACACAUGAACAUUUUGUUGACCUCCACGACAGCUUUCAUCUCCUCCUCACUCUGUCCAUAUUCCAUUGUGUGCACACCCUGUGUUUAAACCUAUUAAUGUGUUUUUACUCUAAUCAUUUUAUUUAAUAACUGGAGAUUUGUCUUGAAUAUAAACUUACGGUGCUGCUACAGUCACAAACCAUAAGCUACUACAUUGUGUAUAUUGAUAUAUAAAUAUAUGUAAUAAGUGUUUGUAGCAUUUUCUUUUUAUUUGAGAGUAUGCAUUUGUCAACACAUCUUCCCUGUGAGGUUUCACAUGAUGGAUUUUUAAACAUUUGAAUUGCACAUGGCAUCUUAAAGGACAGCUCCACUCUCUUAAUCAUCUUCCAUUGUUGUUAUUUGUAAUGAAGCGUCAGAGUGUAGUUUUGUGGUGUCUUCACUUCCACUGAGCCUGCUCCACGAAUUCAUACAUCAGGUACUGAUUUUCUAUGUUUCCGAGAAUGCCUUUCAACAGCCCUCUGCUGCGCUGAAGCUUUUGCAGAUGUUGGAAUGUCUGUAUCUGUAAUAAUGGAUUUUGCCCUCCGCGUUUGCUGAACUUCCAGAAGGCUCUAAAACAAAGACUGCCUUUGGUUCUGAGGGAUAGACACAAAACCUGAUGUUUACAAUCAAUAUUGAUGAUCAUUUUGUGCUGCCAGAUUUCCAUUGUGGCUGCACUGGAGGUAUCAGUGGUGUCAUGCUGUCUACGUAUGACCAUACAUCUGUUAGAAUGAGAAAAAUGCUUCAUCACAAGCAUGUUGGUCUCUACGCACAGGGUACUGUCCAUCCUGCUACCUUGUUUUAUCUCGAUUGCAACAAGACAAUAACUGUUCUUUCUUUUUUCUUGAGGCUGAUUGAGAGGUUUCUUUAGCAUUCCCCUUAUACAAGCCGUCCCUCUUGCUGCAGCUGCAGUUUCAUUGUUACUGAUGUAUGCACAAGGCUCAUUUGUGAGUAGAUACACUCUGCAUGGGCUUUCUAAGAGAAUAUUUUUGCACUAUUAUGGUGACCAUAAUUGUCUUUGAGAAGGGAGUUGUUUUUUCAUUUGAAAAUGAUGCAGCUAGGAAUGGAUGACAUGACUGGAAUCUUAAAUGAAAUGCAGCAAAUGAAGGGUGUUUGACGACAAAACAUUAAAUGAUUUUACCUUUAACAAGUAGAAGGGAAUCCUGAUUAAUCUCAGUAGAGUUGGUAGAAGUGGCUGUGCCCCGUUUUGCCGUUUUUAUUACACGACAAUGUAUGAUUCAAAUGAGGAAAUAUUUACUGCGAGAGUAUAAUGACCAUUACACAGCUAAGACAGAUGUCUCAAUCUCUGUAAUCUAAUGUAAUGAUGAGGUAGGAAGUUGUAGCAGUAUGGAUUGGAUAAAAUGUUGUACAAUGUUGAUUGACACUGUUGAAGGAAUGAUAAGGUUCGUGUUUGAUAUAUUCUCUCUACAGUCUGUUACUUGGCUCGGGAUCCCCGUAUGACUUUUCUAUACUAUUUUUGAGAAUUCUCACAAAUCUUAAUCUACUUAUAUUUACUGUUGAAUAAUGACAUCCCUGAUUCAGGUGGUUGUGCUAACAGCAUAAAGUGCAUGUGUACGAUGUAAAUGUGAAAAACACUUACCUGGAAAUGAACCUAUUUAAAUAAAAAGUUCUCUGACGUAAAGUAAUUAA